GUCGACAAAACGUUGAGACGAACCGGGUGAUUUGAAAAAAAAAACAAGGUUAAGCUAUAACAGUAUUCUUAUUUUAUGAGUAUGAGAAGGACAAACUGUAGCAACGCGAGCAGAAGAAGCUCAACAACUAGAAAACGCAGUGACAUUUUGCAUUUUGAUGAAUUCGGUUUUGCAAUCUCGAAACGCAAGGAACAAAAAGUUAACCACCGAUGUCAUCACUACAGGUGCGGUGAAAGGCUAUCCCCAGCUGAGCCUGGUGAGAGUAAAAGAACUAUGUGAGCUGCUCAGCUACUGGAAUGGAGCCAGCUUUAUCUGCAGAAGCCAGAUUGAGCGAUUUAUCAAACUGGGUAUUCCUCCAAGCCUUCGUGGAAGAGUGUGGAAAUGUCUUCUUGCUAUUGACAGUCUGAAAGAAAAAAGUGACUUCAACUACCAGAAGUGCUUGUCAGAGGUACGAGGGCCCCUUGUGGACUUGGGAAUCAGUGAAUAUGGUAUCCUGUCGGCAAUAGCAACGUUGAGCGAGACUCAAAAUGAUCCCGGUUGGAACCAUCAGCAGUCUUCCAGCUGCCAUGAGACCAGUUACUCCGUAGAUGACAUCACUGUCUUCAGACAGAUCGCCCUGGACCUACAGCGUUCCUUCCCAACCCACCGCUCUUUGAUGGGUGAGAGCCCAGAAGCCAUCGAGGGUCAAGCUAAACUCUUCAGAAUACUUAUUGCCUACUCUAAGUACAAUCCACAUGUGGGAUACAGUCAAGGAAUGUCCUACUUAGCAGCAGUGCUGCUAAUGCAGUUGGAGGAGGAGGAGGCAUUUUGGGCUCUGACAGCCUUACUGGAAAAACCUAAAUAUCUGGGCGAACUGUUUGACUUUAACCAGACCAGGGUCCAGCAUCAAGUAAAGAUGUUUGAUCAGUUCCUAAAACACAGGAAGCCAAAGUUCUCCCAGCACAUGGAAUCAGUGGGAGUCUUAUCAGUUCACUUUUUGAUGCCAUGGUUCCUCACUCUGUUCACGUCCCUGCCCUGCUGGGACUCUGUCUUGGCUGUUUGGGAUCUUAUCAUUCUGGAUGGCCUGUCGGCUGUAUUUCGCACUGCUCUGACCAUUAUUGAGUUGUUGGAGCCUAAACUGAUGGACCUGAAUGAUGAGGGAGUAUUGCUACCGCUGCUGUUGAGAGUACCUGUUGAUGUGGCCCAGUACACCAAUUUGGUCCCUUCCCUUUGGAAUACUGAGGUCCACGACUGGGAGCUUAAAUGUAUGAGCAGUCUGGUGAUGGACAAUAGUCACCAUGGACUCGAAGAAGAAAAUUGUAGAAAUCAAAAUAUAGAUGACCCUACCCAGGCUGGUGGAGGAGAGAAGGAAAAUGUAUCAACACCGCAUAGGGAAGAAAGCACAACUGAGAAAGACACUGGCACUGGAGUCCAAAGGGUCCUGUGCCAUGUGAUGCGUCUGGCUCAACAGUACCUGUUGGAUCCAAUAGGUAGACAGGGCCUCGUGGGAAAGAGCUCUAAAACACAGGCAAAGCCCAGACAGUGCAGUUCUGCACCCGGGCGAGUGUUUAGGGCCCGAGGUUCUGCUUCACUUACACAUGCUCAGAUCACAUCCAGGAGGCGGAGCCAGCAGCGAGGCAGGGUACAGCAACCUCCAGUGCAGAACAAUGGUGGUGAUCUCAUUAGGACAUCUGUCACUGUGAGUGAUACAGCUGGUAAUGGGAAAGCUGACAGAACCCUCAAGAGGACAGGCACAGGUCCCAUUGGAAAGGUGGCCCAUUUUCAUGGCAAACGUGGCCCAUUCCAGCCUGCAAGAGUCAAGGCUCAACAUGUUCUACGAAAUGACAAGAAUCUGCCAAACCAACUGCCCAACUCUUCUUCCAACCUUGCCUGUCCCUCUACCACUUCUCAGUCUGCCCAAAUACUGUCUUCAAGUCCACCAUCUUCCGACACAACUCAAAGCAUGGAUCAGCUAAAACAGCAAGACACACCCAGGACAGCUCUCCUUAAGUAA